CGUAAACAAUGCACUCUGGGAUAAAGUUGCGUCCAUCUUGUUCAACACUGAAACGUGCACCAAAGUUUAAACAUGACAGACGCCGGCUUUUUCAAGGUCUAGACUUAGCACCAAGAACUGUUUUAAGCUUCAUUCAAUCGUCAGCGUAUAUGCACAAAUCUAAAGUCAAGGGGGUUAAUCUUACACAUUGAGCUUGCUACAAACAACCAGACGGUAGCUGUUGAUCAACCAACUAGCGACACAAAAUAUAGACAAAAAUGUCACUGCCAUUUACUUCUUCGUCAUACAAGGGCACCAGUGCUGACCAGGAUAACAGAUUCUCUGACAAGAAGAAGAAGUUAAUGAAACAGAUGAGAUUUGCUGAUGCUCUAGAAUCUAAGGUUGAUAUGUCAAAAAUAAAUGUAGACAGCAUAAAACCAUGGAUUGCGAAAAGAGUGACAGAAUUAUUAGGCAUUGAGGAUGAUGUCGUAGUUGAAUUUGUUUACAAUCAGCUGGAAGAAUCUAGGCAUCCAGAUCCGAAAGAAAUACAGAUCAACUUGACUGGCUUCCUGAACCCCAGAAAUGCCCGUAUAUUCUUGGGUGAGCUAUGGGAGUUAUUGGCCAGUGCACAGGCUCAUGUGAGUGGUAUACCUGAACAGUUCAUUGAACAAAAGAAAGAAGAAAUAAAGAAAAGACAGAUAGAGCAAGAAAGAAUCCAGGCUAAUCUGAAAAAACAUGAGGAACAGAUCAGAGAACAAUUGAGUAGAGAAAGGAAGGAGCAAGAAAGGAGAGACAGAGGCUCACCAAGAAGGUCAAGAAGUAGAUCAAGAGAAAGAAGACGAGACAGAAGGAGUAGAUCAAAAGAGAGAAAAAGAAGUAGGUCUAAAGACAAAGAUUUAUCCAAGGACAAGGCCAAAUCUGAUGAUGAGCAGAUAGAUGAGGAAGAUGAUGAAAAACCUAAAGACACCAAUAAAGAAGAAUUGGACGUGAAAGAAAAAGAAAAUGGCAUAGAUGUGGAAGCUGGGGAUACAGAGAAAAAAGAAGAAAAGUCGGGUUCUCAGUCGCCAGAAAAAAAGGAAGAUUCAAACGAUAAAGAUAAAGAAGAGAAUGACGAAAAGAAAAACGAAAAAGAUGAGGAAGAUGAAAAGAAAACAGAUGACAAAAGGAAAAGAUCAAGAUCUAGGUCACCAAGCCAUGAUCGACAAAGAAGAAGUAGAUCUAGAUCAGAUUAUCGUAGGAGACGGAGGUCAAGGUCAGGGUCGAGAAAAAGAUCAUAUGCAAGAAGAUCCAGGUCGAGAGACAGAUAUAAAGUACCUUCAAGGAGAGGAGAUCCAAGAAGGAGAUCAAGGUCACCAAGAUAUAGGCGAUCAAGAAGUCCUAAAAGAUCCAAGAGAGAACAGUCACCACCAAAUCGUAGACCUAAGAGCUCUUCAAGUAGCGGCUCAGAUAGUUCUGAUUCAGAUGAUAGCAAUGCUGAUAAAAGACCUGUGACAGAGAAUAGUACUCAGGAUUCACCAGAGAAGACUGGUGUCCAGGCUAAGAGAAACUAUCGUAAGCACGAGGAAAGUGGUGAUUCUGACUCGUCGUCAGGUUCUUCUUCUGACUCCUCAAGGGGGUCAGUUGGACGUAAACCACCUCCUAGAAGAGACAGACGAUCUCCACCACCUAGAUGGGAUCCACCAAGAUAUAACAGAUAUAAUGACAGAGGAGACAGAGGGGGGAGAUACUUCCCUGAUCAAAGACAAAGAUAUUCUGACCCUAGGAGAAGUCCGCCACGUUAUUACAGUCCUCCACGGUUCAGGAGAUCCCCUCCAAGGAGAAUGAGAAAAAGAUCAGGGUCUGAAUCUCCUCCACCACUCAGGCGAAGAAUGUCUCCUCCAGAUUUCUAUAGAAGGAGGUCUCCAGGAAAUUUUGAACGCAGACGUCCUUCAAGGGGUUCUCAAUCUCCACCACCCAGGAGACGUUCCCCACCUCCGCCAGCUAGACGCUUCAGAGAGGAAUCUCCUGACUCCAGACCAAGGAAAAAAAGAGAUGAAGUUAAACGUCCUUCACCGUCAGAUUCUGAAGAAGAACAAGAACCUGAAAAAAGUAAUAAAGUUCAAAAAAAAAUUAACACAUCUGAUGGUAAAAAGCAGUCUGAAUCCGACUCUGAAUCUGACUCUGGUUCUGAAAAUGAAUCAUCAGGAGAAGAGUCCCCAGCUGCUAAGGAAAGUCGUCCACAACAAAAGAAAGUUUCACCACAAAGAAAACCUCAGCCUCCAAGAAAAGGACGUGAAUCUUUUGAACAGUCUCCCCCUCCGAAAAGAAAUAGACAAUCAGAGGAUCGGCUGUCACCUCAUAGACCUAAACGCGACUCUGAAUCCUCUUAUGACUCACGACAGAAAAGAGGAAAUGAUACAAGGCAGAGACCGCAGUCAGAAUCUUCUCCUGAAAAGUUAGCAGAUACAAGAGACUUAAGAGAAAAUAAGUUACGUCAGAGAGAAAGACGAUCACCUCCUCCCCCAUCUCAUAGACAUAGAUCACCAUCUCCCCGCAAUAGAAAACGAUCAUCUUCACCUGCACAGUCUAGAAAACAUAAACAUGCCAGCCCGAGUAGUUCAUCUGAGGGUUCACAAUCACCUCCGCCAUCGAAAAAAGUGUCCAAAGAUUCAUUACGUCAUCCAACGCCACAAAAGCGUGGUCGUGGAGAUGUCAGUCCAGAUUAUGUUACUGGUUCUAAACGAUCACGAUCAUCACCUAGUCCUGACAAGAGACAACCAGCUGAAGAGGAAUAUCAUCGAGUUGUAUCUGUAAAAAAAGAUCGAAGUCCUGUUCGAGAGAGAGAAAAUUCAAAGCCAGAUGAAGAAAGAAGAGAAAAAGUCAAAGUGAAGAAAGAUGUUUCUCAAAGUGAUUCAGAGGAUUCAGAAUCAGAUGCAGCCCAUAAGAAGAAAAAGAAGAAAGAAAAGAAAAAGCACAAGAAGCAUAAGAAACAUAAGAAACACAAACAUAAGAAAGACAAGGGGCAAGGAGAUGAGAAGUCUGGCAGUGAAGAUGAUGACGAGGACGAUAAUCCAGAAGAACUAGAGCGUAAAUUGAGAGAAAAGGCAUUAAUGUCAAUGAAAAUUAAGGCAGCUGGCAAUAGUAAUUCCCCUUAGUACUUUUGUAUUUAUGUUUAUUGAAUUGUAAAAAUGAAAUUUAUAAAAAAAAACUUUUGUAGAUUGUGGUUCAAAUAUUGUGUAUAAAUAUGUGAACAGGUAAACAAUAAAUUACAUUCUUGUGUUUAAAAUUUAUAACCUAUAGAUUUUUUUAUAUCAAUAAGCAGUUCAAAAAUAAUAUAUUUCUUUCUGAAACUGUUCUAAUUACAUUUUAACCUAUAAAGUGUUCAGUGACUUUUCACCUGGUCUGAUUUUACUUAGAAACACUCACAACUGUUAUUUUUUUUUUGGUAAUUUUGUAUUUCUAGCCUGCUUUAGGUGACUAUUUUUAUUGUGUUGAAUUCCACUUUUUAUAGCAGUUUUGUUUUGAUUUUUUUUCUUCAUAAAGUUAAUACACUACGACACUUGUAAGAAACAUUGGUUUACACCUAAAUGAUUUUGGUUGUAAGAUAUGUACAUUAAACUACAUGUCAUGGAUUUAUUUUUUCUUGUUUCUAUUUUUUCCAUUUAACUGUAUUUUAUUGAGAGGUUAUACAGACAAAUGUGAAAAAAAUUGUUGCAUGUAUAAAUAAAACCAUUGUACCAUACUCAUUAGAAUAUACUGGGUGACUAUCAAGAUUCAAAUAAAAAAUUUAGAACACUUGAAUCAUAACCAGUUCACUUUUUGAAAUUUUAGGAAUUGUUUCUUAUUGGGCAGGUAGUCGUAUUUAGAUGCUGUAAAUUCAGAAAUUAUUGCAUGCAUUUAUUAUUCGAUUUUGUCAUUUUAGAGUAAAAUGUGACUUUAAUUUUUUUGCAAUAUUGAAAAAACAUCCUUUUAAAUUCAUAUAACAAAUUAAAAAAUGUGAGUUUAAAUUAUUGCGAUUAUAACCUUGUUGCAUUUUUCGCUGUAAAAAAAUGCUCGCCACAAUUUCUGAAUUUACAGUAGCAUUUUUAGAAUUGUGUUAUUGAAUUCCAUGAAUUAUGUAGUAAAUCCCUGUCUGUUUGAUAUUAACUGACACCAGAAUUGAUUUAAUUUUUGAUGUACAAGUGAAAUGUUUUCAUAGUAUUUCUAGUAUCUCAUUUUUAUAAGUUAUCAAGCCAUCUGUAAUGGUAGUGUGUAUGUUGAAUUUUAAAAGAAUGAUUUUGCAUAAACAUUGUAUACAGAUGCACAUCAUGGAUCUACGUUGUUGAAUAAUGUCGAUUAAAUUAAUAGUAGUGCUGAAAUGUAAAUUAAUGAAGUUAAAUAAAAAACGAUUUUUACUAUAUUUAAACUCCCUUAAUGUGAAAAUAUAGAUAUUUUACUUAUCCAAGAUACUGAUGAGAGACUAGUAAUUUUCCAGUGGCGGAUCCAGAAUUUUUCAUAAAUGGGGGCCUACUGACUGACCUAAGAGGGGGUCGCUCCAGUCACGCUUCAGUGAUUCCCUAUAUAAGCAACCAAAUUUGUUUCCUAGAAGGGGGGGGAGCCCCCUAAAUCUGCCUCUGUUUUCUCCUUGUAGUCUAAGGGCAAAAGAAUGAAUAAUUAUUUGAAAGUAUCUUAGUUCCUAGGUAAAUGUUUUCUUGGUUUAUUUGAAAUCUUUUUGUUUGUGUGUUUCUAUUAAUUUGAGGUUUCAGACUGUUCCCAUAGCAAAUAAAUGGUUUAGGUGUGCUGUUAAAUAUUAAAAGUAUGACUCAUA